AUCCUUCACAAUUUACUAGAUUUACACAAUCGAGAUUCUUCUUAUUUUCUUCUCUAAACCGAACAGUUACGGAGGGGAGCGAGGGCCGGCGAAGGUGAGACAACGACGGGGCUAUGGUCUCUAACCUUAGCCCCCGAUCCAGUUUUGCAAGGGUGCGAAUCGAGAGUGGGCCUGCAACUAGGCGAGCAGUGGCAACCUUCUAGUUUCUGGCAGCGAUUGCCGCUACGAGCUUUGCCGCAAAGAAGAGAAGAGUUUGGUAAUCCAAGUGAGGAUGGGGAAGAUUAGACAAGAUAUACAAAUGGCAAUGAGGUUUGAUCGUGACUGGAUGAAAAUUGAAGAUUUUGUGGGUUCAAAGAUAGUGAUUCAGAUUCGGAGUCAUGCCCAAAAAUAUUUCUUGAAGGUCCAAAAAAACGGUACAAUAGCACAUGUGCCCCCACCUCGGCCCAAGCAUCCCUGGUUGAACUGCAAUUCUUCACCUAGAGGAUGCUGCAAGGAAUCUUUUGUCACAAUCCUUGAUUACUUUUCUAAGAGAAGAGACUCAAGAAACACUGCCUUGAAUGGCAAUUCUCCUACUCAAAAAAGACAAGGGGAAGUUGAGGCUUGUUGCACCAAGAAAGAUAUAGAGAUCAACAAAGCAAAAUAUGAGGGGUAUGUACCUAAGGAAAGCCACACAAUCCAGCCAUCAUUAUACAGAUACAACUAUAUAUGGUGCUAGGAUCACAUGAAGGAAAAAUGGAUAAAGCAUGCUCAGGACCAAUGUAGCUUCGGUUUUAGAGAGGACAUAUGUAAUUUUCUGUAGUACUUGUAUGACUUAAUUUGAUCUAUUGUUUUUUCCAUGAUUUGAGGCUCUUACUAAGAGACCUACUUGUACCCUCUUUCUGUUGGCAUAAUAAAAAAAGGUCCAUUAU